UAGAAUCAAAAGCAGAAAAAAGGUAGAGUUAAACAAUAUAAUAACUAAAAAACAAAGAAGAUUGUAAGAUAAAGCUGAUGAAGUUCACAUUACAAGAAGAGAAUCUGCUUAUUACAAAAGAGAGAGAUAUAAGAGAAUACACUGCUAAGUCUCUGGUUUCUUCUUGAUAACACUUUCACUAUGUACAGAUUCAGCAACACAGUGAUUGGAGUCUUAAACCUCCUCAGCUUACUAGCUUCAAUACCAAUCAUAGGAGCCGCUCUAUGGAAGGCAAGAAGCAGCACAACUUGCGAAAACUUCCUCCAGACUCCUCUACUCGUUAUAGGUUUCAUCAUACUCUUAGUAUCUCUCGCCGGAUUCAUAGGAGCCUGUUUCAACGUGGCAUGGGCUCUUUGGGUUUACUUAGUGGUCAUGAUCUUCCUCAUCGCGACUCUUAUGGGUCUAACUCUGUUUGGUCUGGUGGUGACGAGCCAAGGAGGCGGUGUGGAAGUACCAGGGAGGGUUUAUAAAGAGUAUAGGCUUGGUGAUUAUCAUCCAUGGUUGAGAGAGAGAGUUAGAGAUCCUCAGUAUUGGAUCUCUAUAAGAAGCUGUAUCUUGAGUUCCAAGACUUGUGCUAAGAUUGAAUCUUGGACUACACUUGAUUAUUUCCAAAGAGACAUGACUUCUGUUCAGUCGGGAUGUUGUAAGCCACCAACGGCGUGCGCGUACGAGACCGGAGUAAUAGUAGGAGGAGAAGAUUGCUAUAGAUGGAACAAUGGUAUUGAAACGUUAUGCUACGAGUGUGAUGCUUGCAAAGCUGGUGUUCUUGAAGAGAUACGUCUUGACUGGAGAAAGUUAUCGGUCGUUAAUAUUCUGGUCCUUGUCCUCCUCAUCGCUGUCUAUGCUGCUGGUUGCUGCGCCUUCCACAACACUCGCCACGCAGCUCAUCCUUAUCAUCCUUCUGAUGAUAACCGCAUGACCAAAGUCCGUCCUCGUUGGGACUAUUACUGGUGGAGAUGGUGGCAUGAAAAGAAAGAACAGCUUUACUGAGAGCCUCAUCGCCUGUGCUUUGGUCUGUUUAUCAUUUUCUUUUUUUUUUACCAACUUGUGAUUUAAGAAAACAUAAACAUAAAGAAACGUUGUAGUUCUGUUUCCUAUAAAUCGUCAAGAGAUUAGUAAAUGUCGUUUUGAUUCACAGAAAGAAACAAAAUGGAACAUACAU